AUGGAUGUGUAUAAUUUAAAAGUUGAUAAAUUUGAUGGUGUUUCGCUGAGCUCAAAUAAUGAUGAUAACAUGCUGGACUCAAAACAAUCAUCAUUAUCUCCCUCAUUUUCAUCACCAAAAUCCAUUGUAUGUAGACGAAUCUUGCGAGAUGACAGUGAUUUAUAUUCCGAGUUCGUUGAAAUGUCUGAUUCGGAUCUAAAUACUGUGUUACCUAAAUGUCAGUUUGAUAAUUAUAUCGAAUGCUGUGGCAGUAAAGGUGUAAGUGACGACCCCUUCUCGUCACUACCUUUUAAAUCUUUCGUUGGUGAUGAAUUUUCGGAAUGUAAUUUAACCGAUUUCUCUCACAUGCCUUUUACAGAUUUGAUAAAGGAUGGCGUCAGUAAAUUAAAAUGUUCAAAAUUGGAUUCUAUUAAAGAUGAAUUUAAGCAUGCUAUUUCAUUUGAAAAAUUAAGAAACAAUAUUUCAAACACAAAUGUGGAACAUGGCAUGUCGAAGUUAUAUGGUUUAUCUGAAUUUUUCAAUUGUCAACCAUCCAUCCCUGAACGUAUUGGUGCAGUGCGAUUCUUCGUAAUAAUUUUAUCAUUUCUAAUGUUUUCGAGAAUAGAUACAUCAAGAGUAUAUCAUUACAUUCGUGGGCAGCCAUUCAUCAAACUAUACGUCAUUUUCAACAUGUUAGAGAUGUUUGAGAGGCUAUGUAGAACACUGGGUAGAGAUUUAUUUGAUCUCCUAUCAAAAUCUAUGCUGCAGUGUUUGGAAACUAGCAAUAGCAAGAAGCAACGUGACUCAAAUAAAUUGUCCAAACAAACUAUUAGUUACUAUUUCAGUAAAGACAAUCACUCAGAUGCUAAUUUUAAUCUUGAUGAAGUAGAAAGCGCGACUGAAAGUGAUACCUAUAAAUGGGUAAGAUUUGGAUUGAUAUUUUUCUUAGUAACAUUACACUCGCUUAUUCACACUUUUAUGCAUCUAAUCAGAGUUAUGAGUUUAAACAUUGCAAUCAACUCUUCUGAGGCUGUGAUGUUUUUGCUGCUUGUUACGAAUAAUUUUUCCGAACUAAAAUCGUCGGUUUUUAAAAAAUAUUCAAACGUGUCACUAUUCAUGAUUGCAGCAUCGGAUUCUGUGGAAAGGUUUCACUUUUUUAGUGAUGCUUUUCUCGUUUUCCUUAAAAUGUCCACUAGUUAUAAUAGACUUAAGUUGUGA